AUGGAAGGGCCCGAGCUGCUACUCGACUCCAACAUCCGCCUCUGGGUGGUCCUGCCCGUCGUUACCAUCACCUCCUUCGUGGGCAUGAUUCGCCACUACGUGUCCCUCCUGCUGCAGAGCGACAAGAAGCUCACCCGGGAACAAGUCUCCGACCGUCAAGUCCUAAUUCGAAGCAGAGGCCUCAGGGAAAAUGGAAAAUGCAUUCCCAAACGGUCUUUCCUGACACGAACAUAUUACUUCAACAACCCAGAGGAUGGAUCUUUCAAAAAAACUAAAAGGAAGGAUGUGCCUCCUUCUCCUGUGAUUGAUCCCACUAUGCUCACAGACAUGAUGAAAGGCAACGUCACACAUGUCCUCCCUAUGGUUCUUAUGGGUGGAUGGAUCAACAUGACGUUUUCAGGCUUUGUCACAACCAAGGUCCCGUUUCCACUGACCCUGCCUUUUAAGCCUACGCUACAGCAAGGAAUUAAACUACUCACGUUAGAUGCCUCCUGGGUGAGUUCUGCAUCCUGGUAUUUCCUCAAUGUCUUUGGGCUUCGGGGCAUUUACUCUCUGAUUUUGGGCCAAGAUAAUGCUGCUGACCAAUCACAGAUGAUGCAGGAACGGAUGACUGGAGCAGCCAUGGCCAUGGCCGCGGACACCGACAAAGCUUUUAAGACAGAGUGGGAAGCUUUGGAGCCGACGGACCACCAGUGGGCACUAGAUGAUGUCAUAGAGGAGCUCGUGGCUGAAGACCUCCACUUUGAAGGCAUGUUCAAAAAGGAAUUGCAGACCUCUAUUUUUUGA